CUAGUCCCCAUUUUACCAUUUCUUGAAGUUUCCAAUUUUUGAUUAAAAUUAUCAUCUACUCUUCCUAAACUCAUCAAAAUCUUCACUUUCCCAAAUACAACAAAACCCAUGUUUAUUGAUCUUCUAGCUCACCAAAUUUGAACCAUAAACCCUAGCUCAUUUUCAUGGGUUUUAUGUCUUGACCAUCAAUCUUUCAUAGUUUGAGAAAUCACAUUGAUAGAGCUAUGGCGAGUUACAAGAAACCCCGGAUUCGAGACGGUGCGGUUCGUAGGUUCCUUUUUGUAGUAUCUUUAACUUUGGCUUGUGUUCUUAUGUUGUUGUUUUUUGUUGGGAUGAAUUUAGGCAGUAGUGGUAGUAGUAUGUUUGUGGAAGAAACUUCGGUUGAAAUCGAUAGUGUUAGUGAAUUUAACUUUAAUCUUAGUAAUUUGGUUGAGAGUAUUAACCUUCCUAAACAUAAUUACUUGUCAAAAAUGCUGGAGAAUAAAAACCAGCUGCCUCCAAGAAACAUGGAGUUGUAUCCGAGUUUGGCUAAAGACCGCAUAGUGAUUGUUCUGUAUGUUCACAAUCGGCCUCAGUAUCUUAAGUUAGUGGUGGAUAGUCUUUCUUGUGUGUCGGGUAUCAAUGAAACGUUGUUGAUUGUUAGUCAUGAUGGAUACUUUGAAAAGAUGAACAAGAUUGUGGAGGAUAUUAAAUUCUGUCAAGUAAAACAAGUAUUUGCGCCUUACUCACCUCAUAUUUUUCCAAAUAGUUUUCCGGGUGUGUCAGUUAAUGAUUGUAAAGAGAAAGAUGACCCGGUUGAAAAGAAUUGUGAAGGGAGUACUGAUCAGUAUGGGAAUCAUCGGUCACCUAAGAUUGUGUCAUUAAAGCAUCAUUGGUGGUGGAUGAUGAAUACGGUAUGGGAUGGACUAAAAGAGACAAUUGGUCAUUCUGGUGAUAUUCUUUUUAUAGAAGAGGAUCAUUUCAUUUUUCCUAACGCAUAUCACAACUUGAAGAUCUUGACGGAAUUGAAACCAAAGAAAUGCCCCGAUUGUUAUGCUUCAAAUCUUGCUCCAAGUAAUGUGAAGUCAAGAGGUGAAGGUUGGGAUAGUUUGAUAGCCGAGAGAAUGGGUAACGUUGGCUACACCUUUAACCGUACAGUCUGGAGGAAAAUACAUAGAAAGGCUAAAGAGUUUUGUUUCUUUGAUGAUUAUAACUGGGAUAUAACAAUGUGGGUGACUGUCUAUCCUUCAUUUGGUGGUCCAGUUUACUCUUUGCGUGGACCCAGGGCUAGUGCUGUCCACUUUGGGAAAUGUGGGUUGCACCAAGGUCAGGGAGAGAAUGCUGCCUGUGUUGAUAACGGCAUGGUGAAAGUUGACACUGAGGAGAUCGAUAAGGUUGCCAAUGUUAAACCCGAGUGGCAUGUACAUGUGAUCAGUAACCAAGAAGGCUAUCAAGCUGGAUUUAGAGGGUGGGGAGGUUGGGGAGAUAAAAGAGACCAUCAGUUGUGCUUGGAUUUUGCCAAAAUGUAUCACACAAGGAGGAAAACGUAUUGAACGGUAUGAUUAUUUAGAUAUUUUGUUGUACGUAGGAAAAAAAUUAACCGUUACGUGCUUUGUAAUAUGCCAUAGGCACCAUACAUGUUAUUUUAGUUUCUGAAAAUGGAAUAAAGAUUUUUGCUUACUAUUA